AUGGCUACUACCUCCUCCAAGACUCCUCUCGUGCCCGGGCACACCAAGGAGAAACAAGCCGUCCUCUUCGCUGACCUCCCGCCGUACUCAGAUCCCACAACAGGAUUCGUGUCAUGUCUUCCGCGGUCAUGGAUCCCCUAUGCCCAGCUUAUGCGUCUGGAGCGACCGGCAGGCCUGUAUGCCUUCUACUUCCCCUACCUAAUCGGACUCGUGUACGCUGCUUGUAUUGCGCCUGCUGCUCCUGAGCCCCUUGUCGUGCUACAACUAGCGGCGAUAUUCUUGCCCAUGAAUAUCCUCCUGCGUGGCGCUGCUUGCUGUUGGAACGACACCGUCGAUCAGGACUUCGAUAGACAGGUGGAGCGCUGUCGCCACCGUCCCGUGGCACGCGGCGCUGUCUCAACUACAUCAGCGCAUGUCUUCACUCUAGCGCUGCUGGCAGCCAUCUACCCCAUCUUGACCCUAUUUCCGUCGGGGUGUAAACUGCACAUGGCAAUUAGCGUCGUGCUGUUUUUCGUCUACGCACUCAUGAAGCGCGUGACGUACUACCCUCAGGUCUUCCUCGGUUUCCCCUUCGCCUGGGCUAUUUUCUUCUGCGCCGCCGCACUAGACGUAGACCCGUUCGGCGCACACGCCGCCCCGACUUCGGCUCUUUUUGGCGCCAACGUCUUGUGGACUAUCAUCUACGACACCAUCUACGCGCACCAGGACGUCAAGGACGACGAGAAGGCUGGUGUCAAGAGCAUGGCUUUGCGCUUCAGGAAUAAUACUAAAUUCCUGGCAAGCAGUUUGGCUGUGGCCAUGGUUGCUUUGCUCGCGCUAUGCGGCGUGUGGACGGGUAGCGGCACGCUCUACUACGUCGGGACCGUGGGGGGCGUUGCCGCCGCCAUGUCGUGGUAUAUCUAUAGCGUAGAUCUAGGGAAUCCGCAGAGCUGUGGAGCUUGGUUCCAUGACCAGUUCUGGAUCGUCGGUGGCACUCUGAUGGCUGGAUUUACUGCCGAGUAUUUGUGCCGUGCGGCCGGUGACUUCUAG